UUAAUAAUGAAAUAUUUUGCUCAAAACAUUUUGUUUUUCUCAGUUUUUAUCUGCCAGUAUCGGUGUACCCUCGCAAGUGAAAAACUUUGCCCCAUCGGCAAUUGUAAUAACGCCGGACCGUGCACCAUUGAGGGUGGCCAUUUGAAAUGCUCCUGUCUUGGGAAUUACUUCAAAGGACCGCGCUGUCAAGAAUUUACUAACAAUUGCGAGCCAAAUCCAUGCAGGAAUGGAGGCACUUGCGAGCCUGCCCUAGGCCAGUUCCUUUGCAACUGUGUUGGCACUUGGGGUGGACAACGAUGUAAUCUUAAAGAUACGCCAGCUUUUACCAAAAUGCAUGUCCUUUUCAAUCCAGUUGGCAUUUUUGGCGAACGACAAAACUUUCUACUCACCGUGGAGACAUUGGGACCAAGAGAUUUCAAUUACGAGGCAUUCACAAAUAAUUGCAUGAUCGAUACCUUUGAGUCGCUUCCGCCACGGAACAGUGGUUUUCAGUACUCCAAAAAUUUAAGAUCUGUCGCUAAAUCACACGGCUUGGUUCAUGCUGAUCGCAUACCCUACAAGUCCGGCUACUAUCGUGAAUCUUACGAAAAUUUCUGGGAGGCGGGUACACUGAAUAUAAUAGUGCGAGUUGCAGACAUGGAGUCGAUAGAGCUUUAUGAGCAAACUUUCGAAUUGUACCUCAUACAGCCGCCACAUGUGCCAUGCAUACCCGAUAUUGGUUUCAUACAUGGCGCUAAUCCCCAAGAACCGCUCAUGGUGGACAUAGCGCGUUUCAAUGUCUUCAAUGCUGUCGUAAACAAGCAUUGCACGCCUAACUCACGCAUGGACAUGGAGUGGACUGUGCACAAUACCAUCGGAACCGUUUUACUAUUUGAAUUCGGUAAUAGCGGUCAAAAGCAACUGAAAGUCAAGCCAUAUCGAUUAUGGUUCAACUAUCAUGGCGCCGUGGCGCAAUCCUAUAUGAUACGACUGAAUGUGGAUGAGCACCAAGGCGAUACAGUAGUUCAUAGGAAAGUUAGAUGCUACAUUUUCGUUAUGUCCAAGCCGGUCUCAGCAUUAAUCUUGGGCGGAAGCACACGUGAAGUUGGCGUUCGUCAGUCGUUCUCAUUGGACGGUUCCAAAAGUCGUGAUUUCGCGCUAUCGCCGCUAGCGGAGCAAGCAAUGAAAUUCAAAUGGAGUUGUGCUUCAAGUGACGAUAGUACCAAUAGAUUCUGUCGUACAAAAAUGGGAACAGAUAGCAUCCUUAAUAUUCCUGCUGGCGCGCUUCGGCUAGGCAAGUCUUACACUUUUACCUUUCACGUAAACUCAUAUGUCAGCACAAUGGAGUCGGAUGUAACAAAGCAGAUUAUUCAAAUUACAAAUGAACCCAAGCAUUACGUUUUCAUUGAAUGUGUACGAAAUUGUUUAACUGCCACAUUUGCUGCCGGCCGCAAGGUACAUCUACGUGUGCGCUGUCCCACUUGUACAGCUCAACCAACCAUCUUAUGGACAGUAAGCAGCGGUGGCAGCUUCCCUCCUAAUGCAUAUCGAAUCGGUUUUAUGCCACCUGCCAGUGGCAAGGUCACAAUUGAAGUAUCUGUUACCAGCGGUUCGAUGAGCGGUAAAUCUGUUAUGGAGCUGGCACAUAAUGAACCACCCACGGGUGGGCGCUGCAGCAUUGAACCGACCAGUGGAGUUGAGUAUGAAACCGAGUUCCAUAUAGAAUGCAUGAACUUUGCCGAUCUAGAUGUACCAAUAACUUAUCAAUGCAUAGCUGGGACAUUCACUCUUGAUCGCACCGCCGAACGGUUAGUGAGCACAAGACUUCCGAUAACGAGCAAUAUUAAAAUUGUUAUAUGUGACUUUCUGUUCGCUUGCACAGAGACUCAGGUGUCGGUCAGCGUAUCCGCCAUGCAAGCACCACAAGAUGAAGCCGCUCUCAAGCAAUUCUUAACGAAACCAGACAGUAACAUAGCUAAACUCUUGAAAGAUGGACAUAUCGAACGUGUCAUGGUUCUCACGGACGUACUAACCCGUAGCACUCUCACAUUGGAUAUGGCAAAUACCAUUUAUUACCAGUUAAGGGGGCUCAAAUUAGAGACACUCUUACAGGUUGAACAAAUUACUAAAAUAACCCGGAACCUAUUAGCAACAUUUCAACCACUCGACAAUAAAAGAGUACGCAUUUUCACCAAAUUCCUACGCAAAAUUUCGAUUGGCUUCUACUACGUAAUCACAGACAGAGAGUAUCAGGAAUUACUACCUGAACCGUAUGAAAUACUCAACAAUGAAGUGGUCGAAAUGAUUGCAGAAUUUUCAGCAAAAUUGGAAGAUAUGCCGCCAGGAAUGCUCAUGCAACCGGCGAAUAUCGGCUCCGCGGAUCGUCUGAGCGAGAGCUACGCACCACUGCCGGAUUUUGAUGAGACAGUACUUUCGCGUAUCGAAAAUUGGUUAGAUGUUAUUUUCGAAUCUUUUCGAUGUCUUCAUUUUGUGGGCAUCUCGGGAGCGAUUAUGCAUGAACCCAGUGACGAUCAUUACGUAUUAGAUAAACCAGGCGUUCGAUUGGAUGUUUUCAGUAUCGAGGGCACAAAAAUGCUAGAUAUAGAAACUGAAAAUAGAAAAAUUGAAAUUAUAGUGGCGUCUGCCAUGCUAGCUGAACUUGAGCAUAUACUGCAAAGCGCGCAGUUACUCCUUCAAGUGGUGUCCUUUGAGAGCAACCCAUUUUGGUGGUAUCCCGAUACAGAACCACUCAGCACAGGAAUAGUAUCGUUCAGUGCAUAUAGCGCCACCGUUCCUUUGAGAGAAGCUACGUUUCUGGAAAAUCCAAUAGAGUUUAGCAUGCCAUUGUCCCCAAGUACACCAGCACACGAUCCACUUACUAGCUUAGUGGAGGGCUAUGUUAACGACUCGUUGGAUAUGCCUAUUUAUCGCAUCGCAAUGCCGGUAAAUACCGCAGCAAUUGUGAAAUUCGUUGAUCCCACCACUAGACUUUGUGUUAAAUUGAAUUUGUGUACGAAACCUCGCAGCUAUCAGGUGCGCGCCUCUAGCGAUAUUGUGCCGGAGAAGGACACAUUUCAUAUUGUCAACGAUAAGGGCGGCAAUGUCUGGGCAUAUCUAGCUGUGAUGGCGGCAGAUGAGAUUUCUACCAGGAAAACUUUCAAAUUUGAGACAACUAUGCUAAAAUGUCUCGCAUGGGACUUUAAACUGCGCGAUCCGGAAUGGACGACGGCUGGUUGCAUCCCCAAACUAAAUUUAACCGACACAGAGAAUUUGCGUUGCAAUUGUUAUCAUUUGUCCACGUUCGCGGGCAAAAAGCACACCACAGCAGCCACGGAAACUGAUACAGCACGUCGAGUGCUCACUCAUUUACCUGUCAAUGGUCACAUGGUCACCUUUUUCCUACUACUUCUUUUACUAUUUACUUUACUCUUCUGGUGGGCCUACUAUUCCUUAAAAAAUCACAAAGGCGAUCUGAUCACAUUACUCGAUCAGGAAGAUUAUAACAAAGAUUUCGGCAUUUAUGUGCACAUAAGCACCGGUGGCCAUUGGCAGGCCGCCACAUCUGCAAAUAUUAUACUAAUGUUCGCGGUGCCACAAGGCACCAGAAAGUUUUUUAUUUAUCAAAAUCCCGAGGACCCACAUCUCGUGCGCAACUCCACAUGUACGCUACGUUUACCGCUAAUCGGUGAUGAUCUCGCUCAGCCACUAUUGCUCAGCAUACGACGUGAUAAUUCCGGCCGCUACCCCAGCUGGUAUUGUCGAAAUAUUGUCAUUGAGGAUUACGCCAACGAAGUGAUUUGUUCAUUCGAGGUUGAGGACUGGAUAACUACAAAGCCACUAGUUUUGGAUGCAAUCAAUUUUCAGGAAGCACUCGUAGGACCAUGGAAGUAUGGGGAAAUGCCGUUGACUCGCUUCGAGCGUACUUGCAUCUGGACGGUGAAGUUAGCUGUAACCAUUUGCAUUAUUGCCUGUUACAUGGGUCCUACAACCUUGGAAACGUACGAGGAGGAACGUGACAAAUACAGAAAUAUUGCUUACGAUUGGAUGGAAAUAUUAUUUCUAUGCGUUUUCUCUUACGUCAUUGGUUUUUUUGUGGAAAUGGGACUGAAAUCAUUUAUAUACCAUGACGAAUUAAAAAGUGAGAACGAUAGUGAAAAAUGA